GCCAAGGUUGCAGAACGAGACAUGGCAAAGGCUCUACAAGCAGCACUGAGUCUGUGGUGUGACCUGACUCCUCUUACCCCCACCCCACCCCACCCCAUUCCAUUGCACCAGAGCUGAUCUCUCUGCUGACUAGAUGGAGGAUGUGGUCAAGGGCAAAAUGUGCUUCCCCUUUUGCUGCAGCAACUGUCUGUGACACCCCAAUGCGCACUUCUUACAUGCCAGUUGAGUCUGCAGGGACAUUGCUUAAGUGCUGGCCGUGGGAGUAGUGCAGGGUGGGGGCGGAAAGGCUCAAAACUAGGUUGCCAACUUUGUCCCUUUGUGGUGGAUGUAGUUUGGAGUUUUGGCAGCAGCAGGACAGGAAGCUGCCAUCUGCCCUCGCUAUUAGCCCCAGGCACCUGCCUCGGGUCCAGGGCUGUGAUGAUGUGAGGAAUGAAGCAGCUAGACGUUCCUUCAGUAUGAUCAGGUUUUUACUACUCAAGCUGGAGCUCCCCGUUCCUCAAUAGGAUGUUGGCAGCUCACCUCUGGUCCCGCUCGCCCUCCCUGGGAAGUUCUUUGCUCUUUUUUUCUUCUGAUCACGUGGAUUGCAAUCACCCCUCCCAUGGGCUUCACCAUGUUUCACCAUGGCUGAAUAAAGUGCAAGGGCUAAGCACUGACUUCCGAAAAGUCUGAAUUUGCACGCUAAGAAGCAUAAGAGGUGGUGCAAGCCAGCUUUCCUCCAAGCUUUAUUUUUUAACUUCUGAAGUUCCCCACAUGGCAGGGCAUCGCACUAUUUCAGUCCAGUAGGGACUUUGCAGCUGCUACAGCAACAAGAAUACUCCACUUUCAGCUCUACGACAAAAGAAGACUUGGACACUGGAUGACUGUUCCAAUGGGGCAGGAAGGGUCCCCUGUCAGAAACGUCAGCGAAAGCUUGGAAAACAUCCAGGCAGCGAUAUGGUUCCUCCCGAUUAUUCAGUCUAUCCUGGCCAUUGCUGGGAAUGGCCUUGCCAUCUACCGCUUUGUGGUGCGGGAAAGACCCUGGCAUACUGGCAUCAUCUACGCCUUCAAUCUGGCCAUCAGUGACCUGCUUUAUGCUUUUUCCUUGCUGCCCUUGGCGUUCUAUCAUCACCCACCCAAGGACUGGAAGUUUGGCUUGGUUUUCUGUUUGCUGGACCGGUAUCUCUUCUUUUGCAACCUUUAUGGCAGCACCUUCUUCGUGGCCUGCAUCAGCCUGAAUCGCUAUGUCGCCAUUGUCUACCCCUUCUUUGCCCACGCCCACAUCAAACCCCGACAUGCCAAGCUUUUUAGUGGGGUGGUGUGGUUGCUGGUGGUGGGCAUCUCAGCCCCUGUUUUCCACUUUUCCAGCCUGCGUGAAAAGCAGAAGGGUACAAUGGAAUGUCUAGGAAGUGCCCGAGAUGAAGUCCUAUUCCAGUACUUCCCUUACAGCUUGUUUCUCGCAGCUUUUGGGUGUGGGUUGCCGUUCUUCCUGACCAGCUUCUCCUGUGUGGCCAUCACCUGCACAGUCGUCCGCAAUCCUAACAUCAGACCGGAGGAGAAAAGGAAAGUGAAAACACUGGUUUCCAUGGUGGUGGUCCUCUAUGCAAUUUUCUACCUGCCCUUCCAUGUCUUACGUAACAUGAACCUCAACCGCCGCAUGCGGAAUCACGAUGAUAAGACUAUCUAUGACUUGUACCAGAUGGCCAAGAUCCUGGUCAACUUUCACAUUUGUGUCCAUCCAAUGUUCUAUGCUGCCCUGGCUAACAGCAUGCAAGAAUACUGUGGCAGAUGUUUUCAACAGCAGAGAAGUAUGCAAGAAGAGAACGUGGAAGUGAAAAUGCGCCUUUCUUCGGACUGCAAGGUCCAGGGCUGAAGUUGUCUUUUGCUCUGGCAGACCUGGCUGUUCACUGACAAUCCAUCUGCUACUAUGUGGUGAGGCUUUGUAAUGAUGGGAGUUGGGACAGGAUAUGAGACCUGUGUCUUAAGAUGGAUGAAAGUUGCUUUCAUUUGACUCACACUUAGCUUCUAGCCACUGACAGUUCCUAAGCCCAUCUUGGCAACAUCACCAAGCUACUCUUUAUUCUUUUUGGCACCAGGUGAAAACCUUUCCCUGUAUUUCAACUGCUUUUUUUUGUACUUUAGUUUUUAUAUUAUAAUCACGUGCUGCUGCUAUACCUCUGUGCAGAUUUGGUUGCAAUCGCUGUGGUUUUAUUGUCCUAUUG